AAAUGCAAAUCAAACUAUUUUCGACGUGAAUUAAAUUUUCAAGCAAUAUUUAUAAUUAAAAGAAUUAAAUGUAAUAAAAAAACCAACAGCUAAAGUGUGUUCAAUGGCCCCGCAAGGAAAUCAAAUAAAUAUAAACAAAGCAAAAGGGUAAAUAACAAAAACAAAAAAGAAUCUAAACACAUCAUCAGAUGAAAAACAGAAACGCCUGCAACAUUGUAUACAUUGUAUAGAAGAAAAUCUAUAUAAGAAACUUUAGUUUCACAACACCACCGAGAAACAUACACACGCACGAACUUGCACAGAUACAGAUACUAACUAGACUCUGAAAAGUAGUGGGAAAUCUUCAUAUUUAAAGAAAACAAAAAGAAACAAACUAAAGUAAGCUAAGAGGAAGAAGAUGGCCAUGGAAUGGACCAGAGAAAAGACCCUGUCCCUAAUACAGGAAUAUCGCAAAAGACGAGGUCUGUGGGACAUGACCCAUGAAGAUUAUCGCAAGAAAGAUGUAAAACAUAAGUUGCUCGGCGAAGUUGUUGUAUCCUUGGGUGGCAAUAUACCCAUUAUGGAAAUUGAAAAGAAAUUCCAUACGCUCCGCACCCAGUAUCAUCGUGAAAUUAAUCGCAUGAAACGUAAGGAACCCUACAAUUCCAAAUGGUUUGGUUUCAAGUGUCUGCAAUUUUUAAGUUCCCCAAAGGCUUGUCGCUCGAACAAGGGCCGUUUAAAGGCCGAAAUAACCGAAGACGGUACAGUGACCACAAAAUAUAUUAUACGAGAAACUAUACCAGUGCAACAGCAGCAUGAUAACAGUGUCGGUUCGGGUAAUGAAAAUGAGGAAUUCCUUACACUGCAGCGCCGUCCCACUACCAUUACCUAUGAAGCCGUGCCGGCGGGUGGAAAUGCAACGUCAACGUCGUCGAGCCGUUCACAUGAAUUGGAAAAACUCAUUGAGGAAACAACCAAAGAUGUGGAAGAAAUCGAAGAAGCCAAGCCAAAAAUGUCAAUGAAAGGAUUGAGUGUGCCAUUGGAACAUCAUCACCACCAGUCGCAGCCGCAACAACAGCAUCACAAUACCGAUGCCUAUACCCAUGCUGGGGCAAGUGAACUGCAAAUAACCAAUGUUGAGACGGAACAUGCCGAUCUACAUCACAUUGAGGAGGAAGAUGAGCAAAUGGACACACUCAAUAUACAAAGUACAUCCGAUGAGGAAUUGAACUAUGCCACAAGCACUGGAAAUGGUAGUAUGACGGCUGGUGGUGGGGUUCAAUCAACAAAUGCCUCGUCCAACAAUACAACAACAGUUCACACAAUACCGGCACGCAUCAUUAAGAUACAACGUCGAGAUUCACACGAUCAGGGGGAAUACUAUGAGCAACAUCAUGUGCCACAACAGCAGCAACAGCACCAUCAUCAACAGCAACAACAACAGCAGCAGCAUCAUUCCCAGCAACAUCAUCAAUCGCCCGCCAAUGCAACACAUCAUCUACAUACCACCGUGUCGCCGGGUGGUAGUACCACAACAACAACAAAACGCAUAUACUAUGAUGCCGCUGGGCAUCACACGGCCACCAUAUUGACGGCAACACCAAAUCAAAUGGCAUCACAACAUCAUCAUCAUCAGCAACAACCAUCCGGAAUGACAAUACUCAAUGCCUCAACCGCUACCUUAAGUUCGCCAACAUCAUCUACCAAAUUGCAUCUACGUAAUUCAUUGGCUCCCGGUACAAUACACACAAUGGCAACCACAUCACCGCCUCUGUCAUUGGCGCCCAACACAGUGGCGGUUACAACUGGCACACCCUCGGCGACGGCAGCGGCCAUGGGACGCGAUGAACACACCACCUACGGUGAAUAUGUUGCCAAUGAAAUGCGAAAUAUUACAAGUCGGGAAAUAUUAAUCGCUUUGAAGCACAAAAUCAAUAUGGCUCUCUUUGAGGCCAAUAUGCAGGAAUUACAAAAGUAAACAAAUGGGAUUUCUUGUUUUUCAUCCACUGUUAUACCUUCAGUCUGGUGGUCACAGGAAAAACCCUAUUGAUUUCGGAUAUUUGAAGUCGAUCUAGCUAUGACCGUUCGUCAGUCUGUCCGCCAGAUUUUUUUUUUGAUAACCCUCAAGACAGCAUUGGAAAUUGGUGUAAAAUUUAAUACAUCUUGAUAUUUCUAUUAAAGGAGAAGGAUUAUGUUCUGAGGUGGAUAAGUUGAACGCACUCAUUUUCUUAUCGUCCACACAUCAGCUUGUCUCUUGAAAAACUAAAAAUUAUGUACAAGUAGAGAAAGGACUCAAUCUAAGCAUGACCCUUUUCCAAUAUAGACAAAAUCUUGAGGUUCAGGCAAAAUCUUAAGGUUCACAAGAUGUGAACGUUUUUUACUUCAUCUAAUUGUCAAAAGCUAUAUUCAUAAAUCCAUUGUCAAUUGUAUAAUAGUAAACAAAUUCUUUUCUUUAUCUGUAUGUUAUUAUUAAGCGCAAGUUUAAAAAAAAAUUGUCUUACCACAUAAGAAACAGUACCAAAUGUCUCAUACAGAGCCAAACGGAUCCUCCUAUUUGAUUCGAACGCUGUACCUUAUUAUACUUCUAUGCGACUUCAUACAGAACUUCCCACAUUGUUAUAUUUCUAUCAAACUUGUAUCUAUUCCUGAAAUGGAAAACAUUGUUUCAUAAAUUAGGAUUUUAUUUAUCUGAUUUAAUUUUAUAAUUAGCCAAGAUCGCCAACAAAUCCCCUCCUCAAAAAUGCCAUACAACGGUCCCAGACUGAGGGUAUAUAUUCUUUCUGUCGGCCAGUUCGACUGAUUCCUUCUCGUUUAGCUUUAAGAUUAGUGUAAUUUAUAACAUAUAACGUACGUCUCUUUACAUUAAAACAAUUAUAUUGUAAUGUUAUGUAUUUUACUUUUUUAACAAAUUAGCGAUAAGUAGUAGUAUUUACUGUUGUAGUCUUUUUAAUUUUUAUAUUUGUAUUAUUAUUACCAGUUUUAACUUGAGCACCCUAACCUUUCCAUACCCAAACAAAAAACGAGUUAAACUUGCAGGCAAAAUGAUGAGAUCUGUAAAGGAAUGUCACAAGUUUUCCCGUACUUUCAAUAGUGGCAAAUUCUCGCAUUCGUUGUUGAAAACAAUUUCGAUCGAAAUGGAAAAUGUAUAUUUGAACACGAUAAUUUUGUUUGUUUAAAAAUUGCUGAACAACGAAUGUUUUCUCAUAGGAGAAAACCAAAUUCGACGGUUCAGCACUUUCGGCCAAGCGAAGCAACUCUUAAGCUCUAGUCUAUUCUCAUUCUGUUGCGGUGUAAGUUCUUGCACUUUUUGGAAUUUCAUUGGCUUUAACCCGAGCUCAUUUUUCAAUAUAUGGAAUAUUGCGAUAUGCGAUUCAGUUCACGAGCCAUUUUUCGGCCACUGCGACGCGGGUUUCGAUCUAGUCGCUUUUAUUUUAUUCUUCGAACCAUUUCUGCUGAUGUUGCUGUUUUCUUCCACCCACUUCCUUGACGUUGGGCUACGCUACCAGUAUCACGGUAACGAGCGAUGAUACGAGACACAAAAGAUUUAUUCGCAUUUAAAUGCUGGAAUGCUCUAACGAUAGCCACUUGU